CAGACCGGUGCACUCGAUGCCAUCCUAAGCGGUCAUAGUGAUGCAGUCACAAGCGUGGUGUUCUCGCCAAACAGCCAGUAGGUCACCUCGGGCAGCGAGGACAACAGCGUGCGGCUGUGGGUUGCACAAACCGGCGCAUCCGGCCCCAUCUUAACAGGUCAUACAGACCGAGUUACAAGUGUGGUGUACUCGCCAACUGGCCAGCAGAUCGCCUCCAGAAGUUAUGAUGAGACGGUGCGGCUAUGGGGCACGCAAACUGGUGCGCCCGGUCCCAUCUUGAGCGGCCAUACCUCUUGGAUAACGACCGUGGUGUAUUCGCCAAGCGGCCAACAGAUUGCUUCGGGUAGCGAUGACGGAACGGUACGACUGUGGGACGCACAGACCGGUGCGCUCGAUGCCAUCCUAAGCGGCCAUACCAGCUAUAUUAGAGGUGUGAUGUAUUCACCAGACGGUCAGCAGAUCGUCUCGGGCAGUUGGGAUGAAACGGUGCGGUUGUGGAAUGUGCAAACUGGUGCGCCCGGUCACAUCUUAAGCGGUCAUACCGGGGUGCUUAGGAGUGUGAUAUUUUCACCAUGCGGCCAAUGGGUCGCCUCGGGUAGUAAUGAUGAGACCGUGCGGUUGUGGGAUGUGCACUCGGGUCAGUGUUUGGUGGUCGUUGAGGAUUUUCAUGGAUAUAUCACAGGCAUCGUAUGGAACACGACUCCCGAGGGCACUUAUUUCACAACCGGCUAUGCCGAUAAGUCUGUUCGCGUGUGGAAGGCGGUGGAAGAAGACGGCUGCUGUCGCGUGUGUCUGCAUUGGAGCUCGACCCAUGGCGGACUUUUCAUGUCAUAUGCCACUAUCCAAGACGCGCAAGGCCUAGGCAGGAUAAAUAUACAGUUGCUGAACCAGCGCGGCGCUGUGGGCGAGCCAGUUCCGCCAUUGAGCUUCUGCGGAGCUAGUGAGAAGCUGAUCAGCAUGGCAUCUGUGGUAUCUCAGCUCGGAAUACCGUCAAACCAAAGCAUGUCGAGUACCUCCCCUACAGCCAAUCCCCUCGGUAAUGAGCCAGCAAAAUCGCUGGCAUUGGGGGACAUUUUUCAGCUUGCCAGAUAGGUGAAUGUGGUGCGAGUAGAAAAUCAGCAGCAGGGCCCUGACUCGUACUCCCUGCCAGUCUUUUACUGGCCCACGAAUGCGCUUCCUGGAGAAACAUGUAUACAGGUCUCUAUCAAUAAUACUGCGCAUAAUAAAUUAGAGUCAUGAGCG